UCGAUUUUUCGACCGCAGGGCUGCAAAGCUCCGCCUCAGGUUUCCAUCUCUGUUUCAGGGGUCGGGGCCCUCAAGACGAGAAACCAAAGUUUUUUUUUUAAAUUUUUUUUUUUUUUUUUUUUUUUGGAAAUCUAGCGUGUGUAUGGUAUCCAGUGGUGGGCGCACGUGAAGUCAGUGCAAUUUCACCGGCCCACGCAGUGUGUUCACACCGUUCAAAUUGAGGUCCCAAAUAUCUUCCUCACGGUGCGAGUCAGGGCCCACGGCGGAACCACGAGGCGCUCGUCAUGGCUGAGUUCGGCAGCAACGGACUUGCGGAGGAGGUGGAAGAUCCAGGAGUCGGCGACGAAGAGCCCGGCCUGGAGGAGGGAGAAACCUCCGUGGAGGAUCCGGAGCUGGAGGCUAUAAAAGCUCGGGUGCGAGAGAUGGAGGAGGAAGCAGAGAAGCUGAAGGAGCUACAGAACGAGGUGGAGAAACAGAUGAAUCUGAGCCCUCCACCUGCAGGCCCGGUUAUCAUGUCCCUUGAGGAAAAAAUGGAAGCUGACGGGAGGUCAAUCUAUGUAGGAAAUGUUGACUACGGUGCAACAGCAGAAGAGCUGGAGGCUCACUUUCACGGAUGUGGCUCUGUUAACAGGGUUACCAUACUUUGUGACAGGUUCACAGGGCAUCCUAAAGGGUUUGCUUAUAUUGAAUUUGCAGACAAGGAGUCCGUUCGGACAGCCAUGGCUUUGGAUGAGUCGCUCUUCAGAGGGAGGCAGAUAAAGGUGGUGGCCAAGAGAACCAACAGGCCGGGCAUCAGCACCACAGAUCGCGGGUUUCCACGGGCCCGGUUCCGUUCUCGGGGGGGGAGCUUCUCGUCCAGGGCACGCUACUACAGCGGGUACACGCCACCCCGAGGCAGAGGACGGGCCUUCAGGUUUCAGGACCAGUGGAGGCUGACCACACCCCCUCCCGUGGCUGCAGUGCCCUCCACAGUAUCGGCGGCGCCGCUCUCUCUCUCUGCUCCCGCUAUGCACACUCACCCCAUCCUGUCUGUGUGGGGUGGUGGGGGAGGGGGGCAGGGUGACCACAGGCCUGCCACUGGGGGUAUUUACUAUAAUAACAAACGAUGAAGUGACAUGCGCGCACACGAGGCCCACCCAGACAUCACACACACAGUCACCACAUGUUUUUCUAUAGGAAGAACUGAGCCUAGAUAAGAGCUACUGUUUUACCUGAGUGAAGAAGGCAGGUACAGAGAGAGGGAGGGGGGUCUGGAGCUUUGGCCCAGAUUCUGCAAUCUGUGCAGCUCCCUCCACUUUAAGGAAAUUUGGAAAAUGGUUGGGUCAUGUGGGACAGAUAUAAUUUAAGUCUGGGGGGAGUAGGAGAGGCAUAGUUUCUU